UGGCGGCGGUGGCGGCGAUGGCGGAGCUGCGCGCGGCGGCCGCGGGUCCCGGCCCGGCGGCGCUGCCCGGCCCCAUGGCACUGCCAGUGGGGCCUGGCACGGCCCCUGCCUUGCCCUCACCGGCGGCGGCGGGCGGCGGGGCGGGCCCGGGGGCGGGCCCGGCGGCAGCGGCGGCGGCGGCGGCAGGGGGCGGCGGCGGCGGUGGCGGCGGUGGCGCCGGGGCGGGCGGCGCUGGGGCCGGUUCGGCCCGCGAGGGCUGGCUCUUCAAGUGGACCAACUACAUCAAGGGCUACCAGCGCCGCUGGUUCGUGCUCAGCAACGGCCUCCUCAGCUAUUACCGCUCCAAGGCGGAGAUGCGGCACACCUGCCGCGGCACCAUCAACCUGGCCACGGCCAACAUCACCGUGGAGGACUCCUGCAACUUCAUCAUCUCCAAUGGCGGGGCCCAGACCUACCACCUGAAGGCCAGCUCGGAGGUGGAGCGGCAGCGCUGGGUCACUGCGCUGGAGCUGGCCAAGGCCAAAGCUGUCAAGAUGCUGGAGGAGUCAGAUGACUCCGGCGACGAGUCGGUGUCACAGACGGACAAGACGGAGCUGCAGAGUACACUGCGCACCCUGUCCAGCAAGGUGGAGGAUCUGAGUACCUGCAAUGACCUGAUCGCCAAGCACGGCACGGCCCUGCAGCGCUCCCUUAGCGAGCUGGAGACCCUCCGGCUGCCAGCCGAGAGCACUGAGAAGAUUAAGCAGGUGAACGAGCGAGCCACCCUCUUCCGCAUCACCUCCAAUGCCAUGAUCAACGCCUGCCGGGAUUUUUUGAUGCUGGCCCAGACCCACAGCAAGAAGUGGCAGAAAUCGCUGCAGCAUGAACGGGACCAGCGUAUCCGACUGGAGGAGACACUGGAGCAGCUGGCCAAGCAGCACAACCACCUGGAGAGGGCCUUCCGUGGUGCCACCGUCCUGCCUGCUGGUGCAUCUGGCACCGGUGGCUCUGCCAAAGAUCCAUGCUGUCCUGCGAAAGGAGACUUGAGUGAUGAGGAUGAUGACAACGAGUUCUUUGAUGCCCCAGAGAUCAUCACCAUGCCAGAGAGCAUGGGCCACAAGCGCACCGGCAGCAACAUCAGCGGCACCAGCAGUGACAUCAGCCUGGACGAGCAGUACAAGCACCAGGUAGAGGACACCAAGAAGGAGAAGAGAACCCGCAUCCCCUACAAACCCAACUACAGCCUCAACCUCUGGAGCAUCAUGAAAAACUGCAUCGGGAAGGAGUUGUCCAAGAUCCCUAUGCCUGUGAACUUCAACGAGCCCCUGUCUAUGCUCCAGCGCCUGACAGAGGAUCUGGAGUACCACGAGCUGCUCGACCGGGCAGCCAAGUGUGAGAGCUCGCUGGAGCAACUGUGCUAUGUGGCCGCCUUUACCGUCUCAUCCUACUCCACCACCGUCUUCCGCACCAGCAAACCCUUCAACCCCCUCCUUGGGGAGACCUUUGAGCUGGAUCGCCUGGAGGAGAAUGGCUACCGCUCCCUCUGCGAGCAGGUGAGCCACCACCCGCCAGCUGCUGCCCACCAUGCUGACUCCAAGCACGGUUGGACGCUUCGCCAGGAAAUCAAAAUCACCAGCAAAUUUCGGGGCAAAUACCUCUCCAUCAUGCCUCUGGGUACCAUCCACUGCAUCUUCCACUCUUCUGGCAACCACUACACAUGGAAAAAAGUCACCACCACCGUGCACAACAUCAUCGUGGGCAAGCUCUGGAUAGACCAGUCGGGUGAAAUAGAGAUCGUCAAUCACAAGACGGGUGACAAGUGCAACCUCAAGUUCGUUCCUUACAGCUACUUCUCACGGGAUGUGGCGAGGAAGGUCACUGGGGAGGUGACAGACCCCACGGGGAAGGUUCAUUUUGUCCUGCUGGGCACCUGGGAUGAGAAGAUGGACUGCUACAAGGUGAUGCUGGGUGCUGGGGAAAACGGAGCCGAGGGGCGGCAGAGGGCCCAUGAAGCCGAGGACAGCCGGGUGCUGCUGUGGAAGAGGAACCCGCUCCCGAAGUACGCGGAGAACAUGUACUACUUCUCGGAGCUGGCACUGACGCUUAAUGCCCCGGAGAGCGGCACGGCACCCACCGACAGCCGCUGGCGCCCCGACCAGCGCCUGAUGGAGAACGGCCGCUGGGACGAGGCCAAUGCCGAGAAGCAGCGGCUGGAGGAGAAGCAGCGCAUCUCCCGCAAGAGGCGUGAGGCCGAGGCUGCCAGGGCCACCGAGGAUGGCCCCCCCCACGACCCCUACAAGCCGCUGUGGUUUGAGCGCAAGAAGGACCCGGUCACCCAGGAGCUGGCGCACGUCUACAAGGGUGGCUACUGGGAGAGCAAAGAGAAGCAGGACUGGAGCUUGUGCCCGGACAUUUUCUGAGCCAGCGGGGAGGAGCGGCGGGGAGGGGAAGGCAAAGGCCAGCCGGCUGCCGGGGGCACUUGCCGCAGGCCCCCCACCGUCUGUCUGUCUGUCCGUCUGUCUUAACUGCCCGUCUGUCCCCAUGCGUCGCCGGGAGCGCCGGCUGCGCUCGCCUGCCGGGGUUGCCUUAGCCGAUCCAAACUGACCUUGAUGCCGGGGCAGGGGGCGGGAGCCGGCAUGGCCCCCCCAGUCCACUCCGGCUGGUGGGGGCGGGGGGGCAGGGUAUCCCCUUCAUCCCAUACAGGCGCGCUUGGUCCUGGCCCCCUCCCUGGUGCAGUGGAGAUGGUGCCCUGGGGUUGGGGGGAGCAGCCCCCCGGGGUGGGGGCACAGCUCUCCCAGGGGGGGCAGUCAGUGUGGCCCCCGGGGAGGGCAGGGGCCAGCUCUGCCCGGGCGGUGGGCACAGUGGGGCGAGCCCGAGGCUGGCCUUGGUCUCUUUGCCCCCCCUCCCCCACCCCACCCCCUUUUUUUUUUUUUUUUUUUUUUUCAUUUCCCCUUAUCCCCCACACCCCCAGGCAUAUGGGUGCUCUCUGGGGGGUGGGAGGGCCACACUCCACCCCACAGCCUGUUCUAUAGGUGUAUAUUAUAUAUAUGUAGAGAGCAACUGGGGUUCCCUUCCCCCCUGCCCGCAGCACCCCAGGGGAGCGGGCACCCAGCCAGCCCCCCAGCCCCCCCCAUCCGGGGGUGCCCCAUCCCGGGGUCGUCCCCAGACAUGGGGCUCCCCCGCAAGGUGCCUUCCCUGUAGGUUGUUUAGGGCAGGGGGGGUCCCCGGUUUUGGCGGAGCAGGGCGGGGGUGUCUCCCAUCCCAUCUCCAGGGCGCAGCAGGCCCCUGCACCUCCAGACACUACAGAGGCUGGGAGAUGCGCUGUGGGGGGAGGCAGCGGGGGUCUGUGCACCCCCAAAUCUGCAAAGUGGGGGCGUAUGAUGCCUUUUUUUUUUUUUUUUUUUUUUUUUUUCCUUCUCUCUCUCCAGAAAAAAAAUAA